AUGGUGGAAGCGGAUGGGGCGGAUUACGCGCCCGAGACGAUCGCCUUCCCUUCGGAGGUGGGGUCCGGCAAACCGGGGCUGGUCAACGGGGUCCAGCAGCAGCCGGUCAACGGGCACCGGCAUGGAGGAGGAGGAGAGAGGAGGGCGCCCCCGGAGGAGGAGAGGACGGGGAUGCUGAGGGGCGAUGUGAAGCCCGGUCAGACCCGGCUGUACCGGCACCGGUUCGUGGUCCUGUCGGUGUUCAGUCUGUACUCGGUGAUGAACGCCUUCCAGUGGAUCCAGUACAGCAUCAUCGCCAACGUGUUCGUGCGCUAUUACCGAGUGCCCUACGCCAACAUCGACUGGCUGUCCAUGGUGUACAUGCUGGCCUACCUGCCCCUGGUCCUGCCGGCCACCUGGCUGCUGGACACCAAGGGCCUGAGGGUGGUGGCCCUGCUGGGCUCGGGCCUGAACUGCCUGGGGGCCUGGGUCAAGAUCGCCAGCGUCCGGGAGGACCUGUUCGCCGUCACCUUCGUGGCCCAAACCAUCUGCGCCGUGGCUCAGACCUUCAUCCUGGGGCUGCCCUCGCGGGUGGCGUCCGUCUGGUUCGGACCCAAGGAAGUGUCCACAGCCUGUGCCACCGCCGUGCUGGGCAACCAGUUUGGCGUGGCGAUUGGUUUUCUUUUACCUCCAGUUUUGGUGCCAAAUACUAUGAAUGAUACUAAUCUGAUGGCAAGCAAUAUAAAAAUAAUGUUCUACGGCACAGCAAUAGUGUCCACGGUGCUUUUCCUCUUAGUAAUAGCAGUAUUUAAGGAGAAGCCUCCACUACCCCCAAGCAAUGCUCAAGCACUGGUUUUGGACAGUCUUCGUGUAGACUAUUCGUACAAACAGUCUGUUAUUAACUUGUUCAAGAAUGUUCCGUUUAUACUACUGUUGUUAAGUUAUGGCAUUCUGACAGGGGUCUAUUAUUCUGUGUCAACGCUAUUAAACCAAAUGAUUAUUGAUUAUUAUGAGGGACAAGAGCUGAACGCAGGGAGAAUUGGACUCACUCUAGUGUUAGCAGGAAUGUUAGGUUCCAUCAUUUCUGGUUUCUGGGUGGACCGCACAAAAACGUAUAAGCAGACAACCUUCGGAGUCUAUGUUGUCUCAUUUAUUGGAAUGCUGGCUUUUACUUUCACACUAAAUCUUGGCAACAUCUACAUAGUUUUUGUGACAGCUGGAAUAUUGGGCUUUUUCAUGACCGGCUAUCUCCCACUGGGCUUCGAAUUUGGUGUAGAGAUAACCUAUCCCGAGUCCGAGGGGACAUCAUCUGGCCUUCUUAAUGCAUCUGCACAGCUUUUUGGAAUCGUGUUCACUCUGGCCCAAGGAAAGCUAAAAACAGAGUUCAACAGUUUAGCAGGAAACCUGUUUGUUUGUGGUUGGAUCUUUGUGGGAAUCAUCCUUACAGGUUUAAUAAAAUCAGACUUGAAAAGACAAAAAGCAAACUCAUCUGGACUUGCAGAGUCUGCUUCUUGUGAACUGCUGGAAAAGGUUUCCACUCCGCAAAUUGAAUACCGCACACCAGACGACACUGCAAUAUAAACCUAGAAGGUUAACGACGCAAAGCAAAGCCAGUACGCUACAAUGCACAGAGUGUUUGUGGGUACUGAAACAGACAUGGAUACAACAGUUAGGAAACCUACUGAUAAUUUAUUGAACUGUCAAUAUUGUUUUGAAGAAAUUCUUCACAAUGUGUUCAUUCGUGUGGGUUUCAAGAGCGCGUUGUUUCAUUACAAGCCACCAGAUGCAGACUUGACAAAACAAAUAAAAUAGGGGAGUUGGAGGAACAGAAAAUAGUUCUUAAGACCAGAUUUUUAUUUUAUUGUACAAAGAUGAGCUAAAGUUGAAAAAACAUCAUUGUGCUGUUCAACCUUGGAGUCAUUGCAAAAACAGAUUUGACCAACAUCUCUUUAUAGAUCAGUUUCCAAAAUAUAAAGGUCCCUAAAUUUUCAGCGUUGUUCGCAAAAAUGUUGCUGCUUUUUUUCAAAAAAAAAGUAUUGUGUUUGACAUUGUAAUUCUAUCAGUUAUUGCUCUUGGACUUGUUGGAUGAGUUAAGAUAGCGUUACGACAGUGUUCUGUAAAAUAAGAGGGGCAACUUUGUCAUCAAAAAAGUAAAUAUUCACAAAUCUCUGUAUUAAAAAAAAGGAUUUUA